ACCGCUUCUCCCAAUUACCAGGCGCCGAAUAAGCACGUCCUAAUCCAACAAUGAGGUCCCCGUCACUCCUUAUCCUUUUUUUGGGAUUCUCGCAUAUUGCAUUUGCUGCCGACCUGCUAGGAUUCGUGCAGUGGAACAACGUGUGUCCAAGCUAUGAAGAGCUUGGUGCAACCAAAAUUCUGCUGGAUGCCGGUCGAUAUUCGGCUGGGUUGACGCGAAGUGGUAACUUCUCUAUACCGGACGUUAACCCAGGGGUAUACGUUCUAUCCGUACUUUCUCAUGAUUAUACUUUCGAACAGUUUCGUGUCGAUGUAUCGGACGCGUCCUCUAUACCAGAAGUCAAGUCUUAUGUCUUUGGAACACCACUGUUAUCCCUGUCAGCGGUGACCUUGCCGUACCCCGUUAUUCUGAGUCCUCGCAGCAAGAACAGCUACUUCAAACCACACGAGUCGUUCAGUUUGCUGGGCAUGUUCCGGAACCCUAUGAUGAUGCUCAUGUUGUUCACUGCGGGCAUGAUGUUGGCCAUGCCUUAUAUAAUGAAAAAUCUGGAUCCUCAAAGCCUUGAGGAAAUCAAGAAUAGGCGGGAAAUGGUAGCGAGUAUACAAAACUCGGUGCAAGGUGGGGACCUCAAGUCUGGACUAUCUACCUUAUUGGCUGUUGAAGAUAAGACGAGAGCGUCAACGUCAGGCGCUAAAGUGCAACCUAACAACAGCGGAACGACGAUACAACAGAGGAAAGUCGGGAAAGGUGGAAAACGGCGAUGACUUGGGGGCAGCAUUGUACCAUCUCGUGUUGUGCGGACAUUGCGUAGACACCUUACAUGAAGUCGCUCAGAAAUUCACGUGGCCCUGGACGCUAAUGCUAUGUUGCCCCGUAUGAUGUCAACUAUCUGGAUCGAUGUAGGUGACCCAUGUGGUUUGUACAGAGGUGGGUUCGAUGUGCGCGAAGUGAGUGUUGUCCUAUGGGUCGCGGCUAAAUUAUGGACCGGUGUCAUCCAUUAUGAUAUUCCGUCCUGAAGUGCACCAUAUGGGGGAUUGAGCUCUUGAUCCACACAAUCGGCAAAGAUUCCACUGCAGCAUGGGUA